CUCUUCGCUCAGCGAUUCGUCACGAUUUUGGAUUAUAUUGAGACCGCUUUCUUCACAGAAGAAAGAGGUUUAGAGAGAGAGAGAGGGAUGGAGGAGAUCGACGACGCCAUGGCUUCAAAACCUGCGGACUCGAAUCCUAACGCCGAGCGCGCUCAUAAGCCCUCCUCCAAAGUCAGAGAAGAAGGCGAGCUAUCUUCCUCCUCCGACGGCAACGACGACAACGAAAAUCCCGCUUGUUCUGCUCUUCAGUCCGCCGGUACUGCUACGCCACCUGCGGGGCACAGUCCCGUUGCUUCAAUGAUCAAAGUUACCCAAGGCAUUCAGGCGGGCUCCAGUGAUAUCCAUUACCGAACAUCUACGCAACGAAAAUUUCAAAAGAGCUCUGAUAAAAACCGAGUGCCACUUAAAUCUCCUAAAACUGCUUGGCGUCCCCCUUUGGGGCCCAGCAAUAAUAACCUUGUUAUAAGAUUUUCAGAUGAUGACAGUGGCAGUGACUCUGAAGAGUAUAGACAGGAUAAAGCUUUAGAAACUAAAGGCAACAUGACGGUGGUGGAGGGUAACCAAAGGCUCUCUGUGCCAUCCUCAGCAGAAUCGACCAAGUUACGGCAGACUGCCAGAAAUGUAAAAAAAGUAUUGCCCAAAAAAAAUUCUUUAAGCCGCCCAUUUAUGUCUGUGACAACCACUAUCCAGGGAGCCAAUUCCAGGGGUGCUGGAAAUUCAUCAGUUGAACAAGGAUCACGAUGGAGAAAUUUUAAUUCUGUAAAAAAAAGUUUAGACCAAGACCGCAGAGGUGACAAAGGUGUGGGUUUGAACACUACUAAACUUCAGGACUUGCGGCAACAGAUCGCUCUUCGAGAAAGUGAAUUGAAGCACAGGUCUGCCCAGCAAAAUAAGGAAUCUGCUUCAGUUCUGGACAGGGAUCACAAUGCUAUUAAUAUAAAAAAUGACACAGCUCGGAAACAUGAUGCAACUGCUGCCAAUUCCAUACAGUUGGAGUCAAAAGAGCCAGACAAGAAACGCUUAAAAGUUGGUGGAUCUAUCAAUACCCAGCUAAAUUCAGGAGACCAGCAAGAGAUACCUGCUGCAAAAUCUACUUUUGUAUCAGAAGGGACAGCAUUGGAAAACAUUAGUCUGCAAAACUUGAAUAAGGCUGAUUGUAGCCAAAGAGAAGUUUCCUUGCGUAGAGCAGAGUCAAGUAUUGUUAAAUUGAAAAGGCAAGAUGACAAAUGUGUUGCUGUUUCACCUGAAAGUAUGCCCAGCAUGGCUAAUGAUGUGCCGUGCUUAUGCUCUGCAGGUGCUGACAUCAAUACUGGUUGUAAUCAGUCUGGCAGGAGUAGUAGGCAGGUGAAUUCUUGUGCUGUUUUAAACCAGACUACACCUCUAGCAAAUAUAACUUCCAAUACUUUGCCAAAGAGUUUGAGCAGUUUGGAAUUGAGUCAAGAAACUGGGUAUGGUGGCCGUCAGCCACCUGGUUCCCUCUUAUACAAAGUAACAGCUCAGAACAAUUUGAUAAGAGGUAGAGACCAUCAUGAAGUCACACCUAAUGAUAUGACACUCGAGUCCUCGUUCAACAACAUAUGCCAGGGACCACUGAACAAUGCUAGCUUUUGGAAUUAUUUGGGCAAUUCAAAUGAGCACAGCAACAUAACAAUGCAAUCUUUAGUUGAAAUGGAGGGAUCAUUGGAUAAGGAUCUGGAGGAAGCACAAGAGCACCGACACAGAUGUGAAAUUGAAGAAAGAAAUGCUCUUAAAGCAUAUCGUAAAGCUCAGAGGGCUUUGGUUGAGGCUAAUGCUAGAUGUAUUGAUCUUUAUCGAAGAAGGGAACACUAUUCAGCCCACUUACGAUCUUAUAUUAUGGAGAACUCCAGUUUAUUCUCAUCCUCGAUGCAGCAUGAACAUGCUGGGGUGGGGUUGGAUUAUUCAAAUAGCAUAUCUGAAAAUGCGAAUCUUAUACCCACUCCCAGCCAUCAUAUGCAGCCUGAAUUUGAUGGUUUUAUGCAACCAGGAUGUGGUUCAAAUACCCAUUUUAUUGGCAAUGCUCCCAUCAAUGCAGUACAUCGACAAUUGGGUGGACACAAUCUGGGGUCUGAACCUUGCAGUGAGCUAGAUGCCAGCACAUCAGAGCCAUUGCCUCAUAGGUGCAAUAAUGCUGCUGAUGGAGUUCGAUCUCCUUCCAAUGAUGCAAAUAUUUCAGCAGAUGAAGAUGAAGAGACUUUUCCAUUUGACGUUGAAUCUAUUCAACCCAGCAAUGAAUGUCGUAUAAAAGACAAAAAGUUUGAAAAUGGGCAAAAUAACUCAAAUAAUGAGUCAGACAAAAAAAUUUUAAUCGAUAGCUCCCAGGAUACUUUGCUUCUUGAAGCAACACUAAGAUCUAAACUAUUUGCACAGUUAGGGACAAGAACUUUAUCAAAGAAUAUCAGUUCAUGUGAUAACACAGAACAUGCAGUGGAACAAGCUGCCGAAAAUGAUGUUGGAAGGGAAAGAACACAUACUGGGAACGGUUCAUUAUCAGGGAUAGAGAAACAUAAAAAACACGAUCACGGAGGCACUGAUAGGCAAGAAAGGAGUAUCAUUGAGCCUUCUCUUGAUAUUCGGAACCAGCAUCAAACUGAAAAUGCUUCAAACUCUCACUCCACUACUGAUUCCCAGGACUGCAGAUUAUCUGUUAGGCAAGGUCACCACUUGCUGAAUUCUGUGUCAUCUUCACCUCCUUCAAUUGUGAGGAGUGCAUUUUGUCAUCUGAAGGUUAUGUCUCCAAUCGGUUUAGUAGAAUUGCAGACCAGAGAUCAGCAAAGUCAGGAUAAUGAUAUUUACAAUGAAGAGAGUGCUCAUGUUAACUCUGACAAGAUUCAGAGUAACUCUGCAAUAGCCAAUGCAAUUAAAGAUUUAAGUGGAAGAGAAUUUGGUUCUUAUACCUGCAACCCCACAGUUAAUCCAUUUUGGCCUCUUUGCAUGUAUGAGCUUCGAGGAAAAUGCAACAAUGAUGAAUGUCCUUGGCAACAUGUUAAGGACUACUCUAAUGGAAGUAUGUAUCAGCAUAAUGAUCCUGAUUGUGCAGGUUCUCAACCUGGAUUAAUCUUACACCAACGAGCAUGUAGUGGUGCAACAAAAGGUCCCAAGUAUUUUGAUGUUAUGGUUGCUCCAACUUAUCUAGUUGGAUUAGAUAUGCUUAGAGCUGAUCCGCUUUCAUAUCAGUCUAUUCUAGCACGAGUGACCAGUCAAUGGUGGGAAAAGUGUUUCAGCAUCUCCUUAGCAAUAUCAAAUAUGCAUCGAAAACCUUUCCCUGCAGAUGGUCCAUUCUUGCAUGGCAGUGAUGGUCGUAUAGAGAUUGAUGGCAAUUGGAACAGGCAGUCAUCAUAUUUCCAGAGUAGAAAUGGCAUAUUGAAUCAACUUGAACAAGCUUUGGCCAAUAAUGAUCAAUCCGUUGAGAUGGCACUUAUUAUUCUCAAUCAGGAGGUUAAUAAUAUUGAGGGUGUGAAAAAGGCUCUCGAUGUGCUGUCACGAGCUCUUGAGACUGAUCCAACUUCUGUAACACUCUGGAUUUUUUAUCUACUUAUUUACUAUAGCAAUACGAAAUCAGUUGGGAAGGAUGACAUGUUCUCUCAUGCGGUCAAACACAAUGAAGGAUCUUAUGAACUCUGGCUUAUGUACAUCAACAGUCGUACACAAUUUGAUGGCCGGUUGGUUGCAUAUGAUGCAUCCAUUAAAGCGCUUUGUCGCCAUGCAUCUGCUUCUGACAGGGACAGAAUGCGUGAUAGUGCAUGCAUCUUAGACCUGUUUUUGCAGAUGAUGGAUUGUUUGCGCAUGUCUGGGAAUGUUGAGAAGGCCAUCCAGAGAAGUUAUGGGCUCUUCCCUGAAAUGAAAAUCUCUAAUGAGCCCUUUUCUCUUUCACACUCAGACAUUCUUGCAUGCUUAAAAAUUUCUGACAAAUGUGUAUUAUGGGUUUGUUGUGUGUACUUAGUGAUUUACAGGAAACUGCCUGAUGCUGUGGUAGAGAGGUUUGAGUGUGAGAAAGAACUUGAAAUAGAAUGGCCUUUUGUUGAUCUGAUAGAUGAUGAGAAACAGAGGGCUGUUGAGCUUGUGGAAGCAGCAGCAAGUUCUGUUGAUUCGUAUCUGUAUUCUGAAUCACAUAAAAGUGAAAGUAAUCUGAGGUCAGCACAGCUUUUUGCUGUCAACCUUAUUAGGUGCCUGGUGGCACUUGAUUGCUUAGAACAAGUGAGAAAUUUGUUGGACAAAUAUAUUAAGUUGUACCCAUCUUGCUUAGAACUCGUUUUAAUAUCGGCACGGACACUGAAACGUGAUUUUGGAGAUUUGAGCUUUUCAGGGUUUGAGGAUGCUCUUAGAAACUGGCCAAAAGAAGCCCCUGGAAUUCAUUGUAUCUGGAAUCAAUAUGUUGAAUAUGCCCUCCAGAAUGCAAGUUUGGAUUUUGCGAAGGAACUUAUUAUCCGUUGGUUUCACUCAAUCUGGGAAGGUCAAUGUCAUCAAAGCAGAUUAUCAGAGGCCGUGGAUGGUGGUAACUCAUCUCUCUCACAAGGAUUGGGUUCAAAUGCUAGUCCAGAAACAUCGAAUUCCAAUCCUAAUGGGAUAGAUCUAAUGUUUGGUUAUCUCAAUCUUUCUCUUCAAAAAUUAUUGCUAAAUAACCACAUCGAAGCCCAGUUAGCCAUUGACUGGGCAAUGAAGGCUGCUACUCCAGAAUGGUUUAAGCAUUGCUUGAGAGAGCAUGCCAUGUUUUUGCUCAUUGCCAAAUUAUCAUUAAAGGAGGACUCUCCUAUCAUUGGGAUCAAGAACAUAUUGGAGAGUUAUCUCGAUGAUGCCCGACUUUUCCUCAUCUCUGUGCCAUUAUCAAGAAAAUUCAUUGAUGAUGUCAAGAAACCAAGAGUUCAGCAACUAGUUAAUAACAUAUUAAAUCCUGUUUCAUUUGAUUUCUCUCUGGUUAACUUGCUGCUUGAAGUUUGGUACGGCCCAUCUCUUUUACCUAAGUUUGGUGAGUUGAAGAAUUUGGUGGAUUUUGUCGAAGCCAUCUUGGAGAUACUACCAUCCAACUACCCGUUAGCUAUGUCUGUCUGCAAGCUGUUAAGGAGAAACUCCAACUUUACCAAUGUUGCUUCUGCUGGGAUUUUGUUUUGGGCAAGCUCAACAUUGGUCGGUGCAAUCUUUCAUGCUAUUCCAAUACCACCAGAGUAUGUAUGGGUAGAAGCUGCCGAUAUUUUGGGCAAUAUUGCAGGUAACGAGGCCAUCUCUGAAAGGUUUUAUGAGAAAGCUUUUUCGGUAUAUCCGUUCUCUGUCAAUUUGUGGAAAUUCUAUUAUAACCUAUCUAAGACCAGAGGAAAUGCUAGCACUGUGGUGGAAGCAGCAAAAGAAAAGGGCUUUCUAUUUGAUUAAAAUCUGCUUUAGAUAUAGAGUAGUUAGGAUGUCAGGCCAGUAAGACGGCAUUUGUUCAUGGAAGCUUGGGGUCAGUUUUGUUUCUUAGCGAGGAGAGAGGCCUGGAGUCUAGCUGAUACCAUUUUAGUUUAGGUUGAACAUCUUUGUAAGUUGAUGGGUUCCAGUAACGCUAUCAGGAUGUUGUAAGAUGUUAACGACUCACGAAGACACCAGAAAUAAGCACAGGAUAGAAAACAACAGAGGUUUUAGUUUUCACUUAGCUGGCAAAGCCAAGGUUUUGGUGGUGAAGAUAGUCGGAUACGGUUUAGGGGUUGGGAUUAGAGAGAAAGAUUAGUGGUUUUUCGCUUUCUUCUUUUGUAUUUUCUUUUCUUUCCUAUUUUUAGGGUGGUUGUUGUUGUCUUCCAUUUUGUUCCCUUUGUUAUGGGGGAUGAAACUCUCUUACCAUGUUUGAUAAAUUGUAAUUACCCAUGUUCUUGUACUUGUACUUAUAGAUCAAAUGAAGGUGAGAGCAUUGUUCGGUAGUUA